AUGACCAAGCACAUUGGGGUGUGGAAGAAGGCCCUGUUGGUGAUUCUGAAAAGUAAACAUAUUCAACACACCCGUGGCCCUUGGGUCAAACACCUGCUCCAGGUCCUUGGCCAUCUCCACAGAGACAGUGUCCAUGCUUCUCUGCUCUGCUUACCCUCUCAGGUGUAUCUCGACGAGGACGCGAGGCUGACAGACGUCUACAAAAGGGACUUCUUCCUCCAUGUGUUUGAUAGGCUGUUGGUACCCGAGUCUGGGAUGUUCAUGUACAACGACACCAAGACGCUGGCCUGGUUCCCUGCAAAGUCUAGAGUAGAGGAGACAUGUGAUUUCCUGUUUGGGGUUCUGUGUGGGAUGGCCCUGUACAACAACCACAUGGUGCACUUCCCCUUCCCCAUGGCAUUCUUCAAGAAGCUGGUGAACAUCAAGCCCUCUUUAGAGGACCUGAGAGAGUUUAGCCCCAUUGAAGCAGGGAAUUUUCAGUACAUCUUGGAUUAUCCUGAUGAUGAUGUCGAAAACAUGGACAUGACUUUCUCAGUGAUGUGGGGUGACAUAGCGGUGGACCUCGUCACAAGUGCUAACAAGCAAGAUUAUAGCAAUAUUUACUACUGACAAAAUACAAGGUUUACAGUAUGACACAUUUUUCCAUUGCUACAGCUACCAGGGUUGGGGUCAAUUCCAUUUUGGCAAAAUCAUCUCAGCCUGAAAUGUAAUAGUAUGAAUGGAAAACCCAUCUUUGAAAGUAAAUGGGGCUUCUCAUUCCUUGAAUUGACACCAACCUAUACUAGCUACAACUCAAUGGAUAGCUGACUCUGUCUGUCAUUCUUUUGACAGGAAGGAAUUUGUUGACACCUAUGUGAACUACAUCUUCAACCAGUCAGUAGAGAAGGUGUUUGAAGAGUUCAGGAAAGGCUUCUUCGAGGUGUGUGACAUGGACGUGGUGGAGUUCUACCAGCCAGAGGAACUGAUGGGAGUGAUGGUGGGGAAGGAGAACGUUGACUGGGAAAUGCUGAAACAGGUCAGAAACAGAAACAUACUACACGACUGAAGCUCAGUCCCAACUCUACCCCUAGCCAAUUGUCUACAUCUGAGAGCAUUAGACAAGUAAAAACAUUAAGAUAUGGUAAAAAUGUCACCUAGCCUAUCAGAGGGCAAGAUGGAGCCUAAAAAAACCCAAGUGUCCUAGGGGUUGAAUUGGGAUUCAUGGUGAACAUGUUCUGUGUAACACGUUCUGCAACCUGGCUAAAAUGUUGUUUUGAUACAUUGAUUUGACAAAUGGUUUGAAUCGUGUCAAGUGUCUAUUGCUUCCCCAUAUUAGUUGGUGGCAUCCCAACGUCAUCACAUUCUGGGAGGUGUUUGAGGAUCAAAAGAAAGCUUUCCUGUGUAAGUAUGGAAUAUCUUCAUUAUAACAGAUGAACACAAAGUAGGCUACUGAGAAUUAAGUUAUAUUCUGUCAUUCACUGCCCUCCCCCCUUUUACCACCUGUGAUCGUGUGCCCAUCCUGGGUAUGAACCAGACCAGGAUGAGGGUCCAACCCCUUCUCAACUCCUCUCUAAAGCAUUUCCCAGAGGCACUGAUCUGUUACUCUCUGUUGCAGCUUCCCAUAUACCCCUUCAAAGAGACACUACAGAGCAGGCUUAUAGAGGCUGUUGGCCACAACAGAGGCUUCUGGAAUGAAUAAUGGGUGUAUAGCGUUGCUGCUGUAUUUACACUCCUCUCCUGUGUUCAUCUUUUCAUUGUUCCAUAGUUGGGGUUAAGAUUUGGAAUGUUAUAUUUUGGUUGUAUUUCAAAUCCUAACUUCACAUCUGUGCGGUACUAUGUCAUUUGUGUGUAAUCAUAUUGCAUUCACAUUUUA